AUGCAUGCGAAGUGUGUUAUCAAGAAUAAUGAUGAGGUUGAGAUUCGACCAAACAAGACAUUCCUAGCUUUGGCAAAUGAGGCUGGGGGCCCGUCGAAUCUGGAAUUCUCAGAAAAGGAGUUAAGAAACUAUAUUACAGCAAGACUCCAAACCAGCAACGUGAAUGCAGAUGUUAGGGAAGUGAUGAACUAUUUCAUGAGAAUGAAGAACAGCAAGCGAAACUUCUUCUAUGCGGUGAAAUUGGGCGAGGAGUGCAUGGAUUACCAUUUGCAUCGUUCGUCGGUGUCAACUACCAUGGAGGUUCGCUGUGAGUGCAAUCUUUUUGAGAUUUCAGGUGUGUUGUGUUGUUAUUGUCUUGCAAUUUUCCAUUCAUAUAAAGUGUAUAAAGUACCUACCUGCUAUGUUCUCCCUCGAUGGAGCAAGAAAAUAAAGCGCAAGCAUACUUAUAUCAAGAGCAGUCACGACGUCAAUCGGUCGGAUGUGAGUCAUAAUGUAUUCAGGGGAUUAUGUGCACACUUCUACAACAUUGCUCAGGAGUUCGUUAAUGAUGACGACGAAACAGCAUUGCUGCAUGCUGCUCUAGAUGAAACAAGAGCCAAGCUGAUCGAGCACCGUGCCAAGAAGAGGUCCGAGAGCGUGGUGGAAACCCAUACCAGCAUUGGCUCACAGAAUUCGAACGUCAUCGUUGUUGUCGACAUUCAAGGCCCAUUGUUGGUCACUACAAAGGGCCGCCCAAAGAGUAAGAGGCCCAGACCUGCCUUGGAGAAGUCCUUCAAGAAAUCUGGUCAAAGGAAAAACAAGAAUGCUUUCCCGGUGGUCCGUUCAAAUACAUAUCCAGAUACAAACUUUGGUGACACUGUUGGCCGGAAUGCGCCCAAAGAAGUUGGUAGCUUCAUGUCUUUGCUAAACUCCUUCGACAAAAGUUAG